AUUUUAUCAAGUCGAAAAAAAGAUCUUUCAUUUUAGUUGUGUUCGGAAAUAUAUUCAUCGGAUAGAAAAGCUCUCAAGUAGCCAAUGAGAAAGAAGUCUUCGCUUCGUUCAUUCUGAUUGGUCGAUCAAACAUUUUAGUUCGUUUGUACGAAUCAUUGGUAUCAGAUGACAGCGCAACGAUCUAAGAAAAAUACGUGGCAGUGUCCCUUCCUAUCUCCUGCCAGAUUUUUUGCAAUCUGAAAAAUUUUUCGAGAUGACUUAUUUUGAUGUAAUCUAACAAAAAUAAAUUUGUGAAGAUUGGGAAGAUGCGUCUAAAAAUAAUCUAAUCAUGGAGUAUUUAGGCGAAAUAGUUGCUCUCGGAAUUGACACCGUCGUAUUCGCUAUUUGUUUAAAACAAUAUAUCCACUACAAGAAUUCGAUUGAUGCAGUUAAGAGUGUCGAACUGUAUGACGUUGGACCAGAUCUGACAAAUCUAAUAGAUAACAGUCCAAAUAACAAAAUAGAUUAUAUUGCUAUCAGAGGAAUCGUGAAACCAUUAGGAGAAGCAUUGCAAAGUAUUAAUAAAAAAGAUGUUACUGGAGUUAUACAGAAGUUUAGAGUUAGUGAACAUGUUAUCGCUAGAACAUCUACUGGUUUCUGGUCUGCUCAUGAACGAAUAAUUCAGAAAGUAUAUCGUGUGGUACCAUUUGUUUUACAAAAAGGAUGGUACUCUGUGGAAAUUAUAGAUCCAUUAUCUGCUGAUAUCUUAGACUUGGAUAUAAUUUCUGAUCGUUUUGAACCUAGUGUACCUACAUUUGUGGAUCUUAUAUGGGGAUUUUUCACAGGAGUGCGACAACGUGGCAUACAGUCUACAGAAAAAAUGUUACGUGAAAAUUCAGUUAUUACAGCAGUAGGUGAGCUUUCAAGAUCACAAACUAAAUCUGACAUUCUUAAUUUGCAAUCUCCAUUAAAUGGAUCGCCUUUUUAUAUAACAAGCAUGUCAAUCACCACUUUGAUACGGAAUUUAGAUGAUCGUAAGAAGUUAUACAGGAUAUUUUGUGUAAUAAGUGGCACAAUCGGAUUAUUUCUCGGAGGAAUCAUGGCAAGACGUUACUGGAAGAAUAAACAGGAGCAAAGAAUGGUAGAACAGUUACGACAAUCGCUUGAGACAUCUCGUCAAGAAAGACGUCAAAGAGUCCGAGAUAGAGAUCUCAGAGAAGAUCAGAUAUGUGUGGUUUGCAAUACAAAUGCUCGCGAAAUUAUCCUGUUGCCUUGUGGCCAUGUAUGCAUAUGUGAAGAUUGUUCAGCUAGCAUCAAUAAUAACUGCCCCAUUUGCAGAACAGAGAUCACCCAAAGAGCAGCAGCUUAUAUAGUAUAAAUUUUGAUAUGUUUAUAAUAUUUAUAAAACAAAUAUUUCUAUUGUAGUAAAAAAAAUAAUACAAAAGCAAUAAGUGAUAAAGCCAAAAUGAUAUUGCUCUAUUUGAUUUUGAUAUUUGGCAAUAUGCAAGUUUUAAUAUCCAAUGUUAAUAUAUUUGAAAAAUGUUUAUACCACAAAAAAAGUAAAAAUUGCUUU